AUGAUGACACCACAUCCCACCAUCUCUCUGGCUUCCCUUUUUCUUUCUUUUUUUUCCCUCUCCCCAAAAUCAUAUUUUGAGGACAACCAAAAGUAGAACGUGUUCUGGGUGGGGCCGCAUGUGAUUUACCCAAUAGCCAAGGCAGGGGGGGAUCACAAGGGAAAGACAAAGCGUCUGCUGCUGAAGGGAGUGGAGACAAAGGGCUGCAGGAUGAAGAUCUCUGGAGCCUGUAUACUGUUGUGUCUCUUAGCAAUCUCCUUGUCCCCAGCUGACUGGUUUCCAUGGGUGGUCCAUGGGCAAGAAGCGGAAAGUGCAACUGGUAAUGUGAAUCCCGAAGAAUCUUCUCUUUUUCCAGAUGCAGCUGUCACACCACCGGUGCUGCUUAGUCCUGUUCAGUCUGACAGUGGAACUGCAACUCCUUCAUCAGACUGCCGUGAAGAAAAGUUCCCUUGCACACGCCUGUACUCUGUUCACAAACCAGUGAAGCAGUGUAUCAGCUACCUCUGUGUCACCAGUGUGCGUCGCAUGUACAUAAUAAACAAAGAGGUGUGCUCUCGCAUUGUCUGCAAGGAGAACGAGGUCAUGCAAGAUGAGAUCUGCCGUCAGCUGGCUGGCCUUCCCUCUCGACGUCUCCGCCGGUCUGGGCAGCCUGCUAACCUCCCUUGCAGACAGCUCCUGGAGCAGCAGCGCAGCCAGCCUGACGCUCUCUGAGCUACCAACAGUAGGAAAGAAAAAGGAAGGGAGGGAAGUGAAAUCAUCAUCCACUACCUGCAAUCCAAGACAAGUCCUUCUCGUUUGUGAUUUCCCCACCAAUUCCUUGCUUCUGUGCCUUCCCCCACAUCCUCUUCUUCAGGUGCUGCAGUACACAGAGUCCCCACUCUGCUAGUCUGUCACGGUGGCUGUUGUCAUCUUGUACAUCUGUUGCUGCAGGUGUGGGAUGCUCUCCUGUUUUCUCUCAAACUCUAUUUGGCAAGGCCACGAGCUGCUCAUUUCCCAGAGGCCCUUAUAAAUGUGCUGCAUCUUCUCUUGCUUUGCCCCUGCAGAGAGGCAGACAUGGGGACAGUAUGUAUGAAGUCCUCUUCAAUGGUACAGAUGCCCUAAGCCACAUCUCGUGCAGAGGAGUGCAACCUUUUAUGCCCUGGAAGUCCUCAGCCUAGGUUUCUUGCAUGGUAUCAGUAUGAGUUCAGAAAUGGCUAGGUAGCCUGGGCUGCUCAUGUCCUCCCGAGCCACUGAGUUUGCUGUGUGAUAGCACAGCCUCCUCCUGUGUCUGCUGGCCUCAGAGAAGUGACAGAGCAGUGAGGUGGCUGUCCUCCACCCAAGGCAAGCCUCGUUGUCUCUGCGUGGCAGCAGACCAUUUAUAACAGCCUCUGGGAAGUUCUUUGCCUCAAACCUAUUGCCUCCCUCACACACAACUGCUGCCAAAAGGAAGAAUUCUGGAUUUAGUGUAAUGCUAUAUUUUUCUCAAGAAGAUUAUCUUGGAACAGAGUGCUGCCACUUCCUCUGCCUCCACUCCCCUCCUCCACUGAAGCAAUCCCUUGAUGUCCAUUUCAGGCAAGUUCCAGGUAUGGCUUCCUCUGCUCUUAAGCCCAAGAGCUCACAAAGAAUGUGUGUGUUCUCCCAGUAAAGGGAACUUGCAAUGAAUUAGCUUGCCCUGGUGACUUGUCUUGGUCUGGCUACCUCCACACUCUCCAGUUUCUAAGCCUGCUUUCAGUAUCUCCAUUUGAGUUCCUACCUCCUGACUUGGGAGCUCCUGCACAAAGCAGAAGGGAAUCACAAAUGCAUUCUGCUAGCACUGGAUGUCUGUGGUGUGCCCCAACAAAAGUACCUGGAACUUUAUUUUCCAGCUAUAUGGUGAACAUUUCCAGGCAUAUGGGCAGUUUUCACUGUGCAGUUGGGUAGAUUAAGUGGGAAAAGCUAUCUGGAGUGUAUUGAUCAGUGUGACUCAUAGUGGCAUGAUUCUGUGGGGUGCUGGAGAGCUGAACAGUUUAUCUCACUGCAGCAGCAAGACUGUCCCUAAGCAUUGUUCCCAGCUAACAGAAAGCCUGUUUUCUGGAGUGGGCAUUCACCCCUGUCACACAUUGUGCUCUAAUGCUGGACUGGAUGUCA